AUGUCUGCGGAUAAGACUGAUAAUAUGACCGUGGAAGUUGCAAAGGAAAAUGUAGAAAUAGAAGAAGAAAAGGAGCAACAUUGCUUGCUUUUUCCUACUUAUGCUACUAAACAUAGUCUCGACAAGACAGUGUGGGUCACCCCCAAUAAGUCCAGAAAUUUGAUAUUAGAAUUGGACUUAUACGUUCCAAUUGGAAUCUAUAAAUCUAAAAUGUUCCAAUUUAUGGAUUCAGUGGAACAAUGCUGGACCAAAUUUCUAGCACUGAAGUCAGACUCUUCUAAACCUUCUAGACUAACCGAUGACUGGAAUAUCCGUAUUCGAGGUUGGGCAUUUUCUUCUCCGAAGACAAGUAGAAGUCGUGACCUUUUUAUAGGGCUUGCAUCACGUAUUGCAGGCAUUAAACAAGCUGAUGCUAGAUACGAACUCCUCAAAGAUCGUACUACAUUGUUCUGGGCGACAAAUAUAGAUAAGGAAGAAUUCGUGGUUAAAGUAGUCGGAAUAACCAAUUCUGAUAAAAUGACCAUCGAAGGCGAUCCUAGUGACCCCCAAAAAACUCCAGAAAAGGUAUUGAAUACUGUGAAUGAAAAGAUUAAGGAGCAGAUUGAACAUCCCGAGAGUGAGAAGUCCUUUAUGGUUUUUAAACCUCAUACUGGCAACUUCAGCGGAGAUCUUUCUAUUAAACAAGAAAUAGUUAACAAGUGGAUUGGAGGAGAAAGAACUAAAGAUAAAUCAAUUGUUGGAGGAUUCAUUGGGCUAUUUGUCGGGAAAGAUCCUAAAGAAGAAAAAGAACCAAUUAAAUUGCUUAAAAUCGAAGCACGUCGACAUAAUAAGCCUGAUUCAUUAGCUAUUCCGACUUAUAGUAUUGUUAAUUUGGUCGAACCUGAGGGAUACUCUGUAAUUUCGGAUAUUGAUGACACGAUUAAACAAACUGAAAUCUUGGAUGGCGCGAAAACCGUCUUUUCUAACACGUUUUUAAAUGAUUGCAAAGUGGUUAAUAAUAUGCCUGAUUUAUAUCAUAAAUGGUAUAACAAAGGUGUAGCUAUCCAUUAUGUGUCUAAUUCACCUUGGCAACUAUUCCCAAUGUUACGAACUUUCUUCGAUACCUUCAAUUUCCCUCCUGGUUCUGCGCAUCUUAAAUUUUACGAUGGUUUGUUCAAGAGUGCGCGUGAACAAAAACAACAUCCGAUGGAAAGCAAAUUCGUAUAUAUAAGAGAACUUCUUAGAGAUUUCCCUCAGCGCAAAUUUAUUCUUGUCGGCGACACGGGAGAAUAUGAUCCAGAAAUUUACUCAACAAUUUAUCGAGAGAACCCAACUCGAAUUCUUCGCAUCUUUGUCAGAGAUGUAACUACAGAACAUAUAAAAGAUGAACCGGCACAAUCACCACAUCUUUCUUAUGCACAAACAUUCACAUCAACAUAUAAUUAUCUUAAAAAUUAUUAUAAAAGUCCAGAAGGAAAAGCUGAUUAUGAAAGUUCAGAAGGAAAUGAUGAACAUGAAGAUGAACCUGAUGACCAAAAAAAUGAACCUGAUGACCAAAAAGAUGAACCUGGUGACCAAAAAGAUGAACCACAUAAGCCGAAACGCCAAAAUAGUUUAUCUUCCCGUUUAAUGAAUAGGUUACAUGUGGAUAUGUCUUCUAUAUAUACAUCAAUUCAUUCAAGUGCCAAUCCUGAUCAUAGACAUGAAUUACCAGCUGAUGUAAGUAAUAAUUUACAAAACGAACCGACUGAAAAAUUGAAAACUCCAUUGGAAAUGUUUCAUGAGAGAAUAGAAAAAUUAAAGAAAGGAAUACCAGAUGGUAUUUUUUCAACCUUUAUGGAUCCCGCUGAGUUAGAAAAUGAUCCUAUUAUUAAGAACGCAUUAAAAUAUUAA